AUGCCUUCUCCCAUCACAGUUGAGGAUGACGAAGACGAGUUUGCCGGUAUCGAGAGCAUGACUGCAAGCCAGUGGGUGCGCGAUCCCCUCAUCCGGCGCAGAGUCGCUUCUAGGAGCCAGAGUUUGUCAAGAGAAAGGAGCAUGUCUCUCGAGUCCCCAAAGCACCGCGACUGUACUCUAGCCGACCUUUUUCCAUCCUCUCCCGUUUCCAUCGUGCCAUCUACCAUACCCAUGGGCUGGACGUCUUCACCCGUGGUCCCCAGUAAGCGUGGGCACGCCACCGAUAUCCUAGACCCUGGAUAUGACUAUUUCAAGGCCGCCCCCAAAGCGAGCAAGUCGAAGCAAGGGAAGUGCACAGCAGUCGGACGUACGAGCUCUAUGGGUAAGACAUUGUCCAGUCGAGCGAGCACAGGCAAGGAGAAGGUUGAAGGCGAGGCGCAUAUGGAGGUUGAACCCAACGCAGACGAGGAUUGGUGUGGUGCUCUAGAAGGUGACGAUAUCGAGCCUCUCGACCACCCUCCAGCUCGGCCGCCCCUCCGUGUGCCACCGGUCCUUCGCGCGAUAGAGGGUCACAUCCCCCCGUCCAAACCUCCUCCAACAGCCUCGAAGCUGGAUCACCCCAUAGCUCUCAUCUCAGACUUGGACGCCAAGGCACAAGAUUUCUACCGGCACCAUUACAGACGGGGCGCCGACAGGGCUAAGGAUACAGACAACGGUGAAGGGGCGGGGAGAGUACCGGUAAAGACAAAAUCGGCACCCAAGAGAUUCAAAAAGGGUAGCAGGAAAACGUUCAGAACAGGUUAUACUGGAGGGAGAUAUAAGAGAAAGUAG